UAGAGAGGUUGUUUCCAAUAGACCCUCAGCUUAGGAAACCAUAAGCACCACAAUAAUGAAAAUAUAGACAAGAAGGGACAGGAAAGCAUAAGCACCACAAUUUAGAAAACCAUGCCAAUGCUAGACAAGAGAGGAUUGGUCUAGUUGGGGGACCCUCCACCUCCAACUAUGAGUCCGAAGGUUCAUUUUUUGGUGCCUUUGGCAAGAAAGGAAUCACAUAUGUUUUUGAUGGCAUUUCAACUCCAAUCCAUGCUCUUAAAGCUAAAUGUCUUGUGUAUCUAUUUAGUUGGAGUACUCUAGGCCCUGUAAAUAAUGUUAUUCCCCUUCUAGAUUCAUUGGCUCACUUACUCUAAUUUAGUCCCUUUCUACUUUUGAUUCUUUUGGUUAGCUCCCUGGGCAGGUUUUUGUUAUAUUGUAAUGGAGCUGACAUUGAUCCUUUUUGUAACUUUGCAUCUCCUUGAUGCUUGCAAUGAAGCAACUUAUUUCAUCUCAUUAAAAAUGAGUUCGGAGGUUGGAUCCACAGCAAAGUUUAGGAGGGGUGGGUUUACUAUGUCAGAGAAGAAAGCCAUAUUGAUGCUAAUGCAAUGAUAAGAGUUUGUUUAUCACAAGAGACCACAAAACUCAAUAACUCAUCUCUAUAUAUGUUUUUGGACAGAUCUCAAUGGUGUAGAGCUGCAGAUGGUUUGCUUUACUCUAAAACAAAUAAAAGCCGCCACUAAAAACUUUGAUGCUUCAAACAAGAUUGGAGAAGGUGGUUUUGGUCCAGUCUAUAAGGGUCAAUUACAUGAUGGUACGUUAGUAGCAGUGAAGCAGCUCUCCUCUCAAUCAAAGCAAGGCAACCGUGAAUUCUUGAAUGAGAUUAGUACGAUUUCCUGUUUGCAACACCCGAAUCUUGUUAAGCUUCAUGGGUGCUGUAUUGAAGCAGAUCAGUUACUGCUUGUAUAUGAAUACUUGGAUAACAAUAGCCUUGCUGGCGCUUU